UCCCCGCCUCGCCGGGGGCUUUGCUGGCAGCCGUGGCGGCCGCGGGAGAUCGCAAGGGGCGGCGGAAAGGUGGCGGAGGAGGAGCGGGAAGCCGGCCCGGGCCCUCGGAGGAGCCGCGGAGCAUGCCCCGAGACAACAUGGCCUCCCUGAUCCAGCGCAUCGCCCGGCAGGCUUGCCUCACCUUCCGGGGCGGCCGCGGAGCUUCCGACCGCGGAGCGGCGUCGGGCGCCGAGCCGGCCUCGGGCGCCGGGUUCCCGGAGAACCUGAGCAAGCUGAAGCACCUGCUGACCCAGGUCCGCGCCGAGGACCUCAACAUCGCCCCGCGCCAGGCCCCCCGGCAGCCGCUGCCGCCGCACCUGCCGCCCGUGACCUACAUGCACAUCUACGAGACGGACGGCUUCAGCCUCGGCGUGUUCCUGCUCAAGAGCGGCACGUCCAUCCCGCUGCACGACCACCCGGGCAUGCACGGCAUGCUCAAGGUGCUCUACGGCACGGUGCGCAUCAGCUGCAUGGACAAGCUGGAGGCUGCGGCCGGCGAGCAGCGGCCCCGGGCGCCGCCUCCCGAGCAGCAGUUCGAGCCCCCGCUGCAACCCCGCGAGCGCGAGGCCGCGCGCCCCGGAGUGCUGCGCUCCCGGGCCGAGUACACCGAAGCCAGCGGUCCGUGCAUCCUCACGCCUCACCGGGACAACCUGCACCAGAUCGACGCCGUGGACGGGCCCGCCGCCUUCCUGGACAUCCUGGCCCCGCCCUACGACCCGGACGACGGCAGGGACUGUCACUACUACCGAAUGCUGGAGCCCGUCAGACCCAAGGAGACCUCUGCCUCGAGCUCUGCUUGUGACCUGCCCAGAGAGGUGUGGCUCCUGGAGACCCCGCAAGCUGAUGACUUCUGGUGCGAGGGAGAACCCUACCCCGGGCCCAAGGUCUUCCCUUAGAGCGGCGGUGCCCCGGUGGUGAGCCUGAGAUUGGCACUGACUGCCCUGAUCAAGGAAGACCUGGAUGCUCGCCAUCCACCCAAGGGCUCUCUUUCUCUCCUCUCUCCCUCCCAACACCCCCCCCCCCCCGCUCUCUUUUUUUCUUUCUCUCUCGCUCCUCCCAGCCUGGGCACUCAGAUCUACUGGAGGGACCCGGUGCAGCUGUUUCCUUGGCAGCCUUGGGAAGCACGGGCCACUGGACCGCAGCCUCCGGGCAUGGCUGUGGGGGCGGGGUAGGCGGGAGGCUAGAUUGCUUCCUGGUACUGUCUCUGCCCCCAGGACUUUGUUUUUUAGGGAGUGGGGCAGAGGUUCCUCAAGUGCUUCCAUCCCAAAGCCAUAAUGAAAAUAUUCUUCCUCUAUUCCCCUUUCUAUACAAGACACACUAAAUAGUGAUAAGGAUUCGUUUUCUACUCUCACCCAUAUAACCGUCUGUUCCUUACUGUUUUAAUUUAUUAUUGCCUGCAUGACCUUUAAUUGGGUUUAGUUCAAGUCAGUGGUAAAAACUAGGCUUCAAGUGAGGCAACGUACAUAAUUCCCUGUGAAAAUAAGUUGUUUUCAGAGUUUGGGGUCACCUUUAAAACAACUAUGCAUGUCCUGGACAAGAUUUCUUUUCUCCUGCCUGGUAGCCCCUCUGGUUUACCCAGGGCAGCCUCCAGGAAGAAAGUCUCACCUGCUGUCUCAGUGAGGCCAGCCUGAGUUUGUCUUCCUGGUGAGGGCUGUCGUUUGGACAGGUUGUUUUUGUUGCAGAUUCACCUUUAAAACAAAGACUAUUAUCCUCACGUGGUUAUCCCCUCUCAGUGUCCUUUGGGAUUCAGAGGAGCUGAAUCCACUAUGCUUCCAAAUACCUGAAUGUAAAGCGCCCUGGCCAGCUUUGGAACUCUAUAGUCUACUUCCAGUAUCUUCCUGUGAAAGUGGAGGAGAGACAGAUGACAGUUUCUCAUUCUCCCGGGGCUCCCGCUGUGCCCAUCGGGUUGAUGUCUGGUCCCUCUCUGACAGUGAGCGCUGAUUCCUCUGAUGUGGUUUUUUUGUGUUUUUUUAGGCGAGGUAGAAGGCACGGAAGUGAGAGCUGAUGCUCCUAGCCUCUGUAGCCACCAACACUUGAGAUGAAACGCUUCCCACUCCCGUCUCUAGCAGCGCACAGGUGUGCAAUCUGUGACUUUAUUUUUGUCCUUGGAUAGGCUGAGUAACUUCCCUUGUUUACACAUGUAUUAACACCUUUUUCUUCAGGCCAUGGAGCUCUUUUUACUAUUUAUAGGACUACCUUCUCACAAACCUUUUCACAAAGACAAACUUUAGAAAUAAACACAUUAAAAUAUG